GCGCCGGAGAUGGGGUGAGUGAGCCCGCGCCGCGCGCGCCCCGCGCGCAGCCCCAGAGGGGCUGCGGGGCCGCGGAUCGCGUCUCCCCGCUCGGAGCCCAGCGAGCCGGCGGGCCCUUGCGCCCCGAGCCGGGAGCCUGAAGUCGGGGCGCAGCCGGCUCCGGAGAGCCUGGGGCCGCCCGACCCCGCGCCCUCUGCCCGGGCUCGCGGGCACGGGGCAGGGACACGUUGGCCUGAGCGCGGACUUUCAGCCCCGCACCCGUGGCCUUUCUCCUCCGAAGCAGCCCAGCCGCUGGGGCACCGGGCGGGGACAGGCACCCUGGCCGGCCUCGGUGCUUCGGCCAUUCCGCGGUCCCCUUGCUCCGGACGCGAUCAACUCCAGGGCCUGUGUUUGGGAGUCCAAGAAGCAGUUUGUCUUUCUCUACAAUUGGGUUUAUUACAAACAAAAUGGAAAUCGAAGUUUUCCUGGAAAGGGAACAAACCACGUAAUAAUAAUCUCAGCGUAGGAAUAGUGGACUUUGAGUCUGCUUUGAGAUGGCUGAGGAUGAUGGAAGUCUGCGAGGAGUCAAGAGAGCAGCCCAUCUUCACCACCCGAGCGCAUGUGUUCCAGAUCGACCCCAGCACCAAGAAGAACUGGGUGCCUGCAAGCAAGCAGGCCGUCACCGUCUCCUACUUCUACGAUGUCACAAGGAACAGCUAUCGGAUCAUCAGUGUGGAUGGAGCCAAGGUGAUCAUCAACAGCACGAUCACACCCAAUAUGACUUUCACCAAAACGUCGCAGAAGUUUGGGCAGUGGGCCGACAGCAGGGCCAACACGGUGUUUGGUUUGGGGUUCUCCUCGGAGCAGCAGCUGACAAAGUUUGCAGAGAAAUUCCUGGAGGUGAAAGAAGCUGCCAAACUAGCCAGAGACAAAUCCCAGGAGAAAAUCGAGACCUCAAGUAAUCAUUCCCAGCCAUCCAGUGUCAACGGGACGGACGAUGAAAAGGCCUCCUGUGCGGGUCCUGCCGACACACACCUCAAGUCGGAGAAUGACAAGCUGAAGAUCGCUUUGACGCAGAGUGCUGCCAACGUGAAGAAAUGGGAGAUCGAACUGCAGACCCUGCGGGAGAGCAACGCCCGGCUGACCACAGCGCUGCAGGAGUCGGCGGCCAGUGUGGAGCAGUGGAAGAGGCAGUUCUCCCUCUGCCGGGAUGAGAAUGACCGGCUCCGGAACAAGAUCGACGAGCUGGAAGAGCAGUGCAGUGAGAUCAACAGAGAGAAGGAGAAGAACACCCAGCUGAAGAGAAGAAUUGAGGACCUGGAGUCGGAACUCCGAGAAAAGGAGACGGAAUUGAAAGACCUCCGAAAACAAAGUGAAAUCAUACCUCAGCUCAUGUCAGAGUGUGAGUACGUCUCUGAGAAGUUAGAGGCGGCCGAGAGAGACAAUCAGAACCUGGAGGACAAAGUGCGGUCUCUGAAGACAGACAUCGAGGAGAGCAGGUACCGACAGCGCCACCUGAAGGUGGAGCUCAAGAGCUUCCUGGAGGUGCUAGACGGGAAGAUCGACGACCUGCACGACUUCCGCCGGGGCCUCUCCAAGCUGGGCGCCGACAACUAGGGCUCGGGAGUCCCUGGGGUGCGCGUGAGCUGGUAGCACUAGGACCUCCUCCUGUUCGCGUGGCUUCUGUAAACGCAGGCGCCGUUUGUCGUGUUUCCAAACCGGGGGACGCCGUCCACUCUCUCCUCCCCAGAAUCGAAAUCCGCCCUCGCUUCUCUGGCCUGGCGGGGUUGUGGACGCCUGGACGAUGCUGACUCAGGAAUCCAGAACUAGGUCUACCUUAAAACGUUUACGCAGUCAGGGCAGGGAUGUUUCUAUCUUUCUUAAGGGCUGUUGCAACCAUAAGAACUGAAAAAAAAAAAAAAAAAGUAUUUUCUAAUCCAAAUAUGAAUACCCUUUCCAGCUCCUUUUGAGUAGCGUCCAGAGUAUGCGAACGUCCGCCAGGCACGCGUGUGUGGGGCGAGGCGAGAGAAGCUUCCCUCUGUGUGUAGAGAUGCUUUACAGCCACCACUUAGGAGAGGUUUGUCCAGAGAAGGAAAACAAGUUUCUGAUGAGUGCGAUUUCUGGCGCAGGAAUCACCUGCAUCCACUCCCUCCCCCCUGUCCCCCACCCCGGUUUGUAGGGUUGCAACAAUGUUCCUUUUCUGGGUUUUCAUUUCUGAGCAGAUGACCCUGCUGUGGGGACAGCACGUGGUAAGGGUACCUAGCACAGUGCUUGGCACAAAGUAGGUGCUUAAUAAAUAUUUGUUCAAUUAAACAUAUAAACAGAAUUUAGUGUUUUAAUCAACCCCCCCCCCCCCCAUCAAGCUCCUGGUGAACAGUCCACUGCUCUGGUGCCCUGGGUCAUUAUCAGGCAUGAAUGUGACUUUGUGGUCCACCUCACGGACUGGCUCAGGUGGCCCUGAGGCUGGGAACAUGGCAGUGGAAGCAGCAGGAGCUGGUCUGAGGCCCCCUCAGGAGCCCAUCCCUGGUGCUCUGUCCCUGGGGACCCCUGACACUGGAGCCACCCUUCCUCUCCAGGUGGGCGCCUGUGGCCUGGGGAUUCCAGGACCACUGACGGGCCCUGACCCAGGGGCUACCCAGGGCUUGAGAUCUAAAGUGGGAUCCUCUGUUGGAUUUAGUCAGUUGAAAAUGAAAUCACACAGGCCCACGAGGGAGAGAGUUGGCUCCACGUGGCUGAGCCUCAGCCUGAGAGGAAGGUGUUCUGCCCAGGUCUGCCUCCUGCUCUGAAGAAACCAGAGCCCUACACUUCUCCUCUGUCACCAAGUUUCUCAGUGGGGCCAGUGGCCAUUUGGUUUGCCCUGUGCAUGGCCAGAAGGUCUGAAUCCCUGGCUGUGGGCAUUUCUAAAUGCUUUUGGAGGAGGUGGGGGGAGGCUUUGGUACCCCUUCCUGGCUUCGAGACCUCUCACACAUUAGGAUUUCUCUCUGCUGGUUUUCCAUAGACAAUAAAGUAGCCUGGGGAUAUGACCCAGGCCCUGGGUGGACUUUACAAGUCCUGCUGCCCUCCUUUGUCUGGCUGAGACCACCCCCUGAGCAGGGAGGUCUUUCUGGGAGGAUGGGAAGGAGGGAAGGCUGCUGAUCUGGAGCACAGGGGCAUGUAGGGGAGACCCGCACGCUGAAAUGGAAAGCCUGGCCAGCCCUCCUGGUGAUUUGAGAUUGGGCACCGCUGGCCCUGCCCUUUCCCCAGAGCUCCAGAUGGUUCUCAGGACAGUGGUUAGCAGCUCCCUGCUGACCACGAGACCAGAGAGCUGGGCCGGCUGGGAGGAGUCGGUCUAAUGGGGAGUCUUCUCCGGCCAGGCCAGUCCACCCGUCAGCACACUGGGCAAGUUGCUGCCCAGGAGCAGUGGACACUGGGAUUCUGAAACCUCACCUUGGGUCUUUUGAUGCCCAGCACCCCUGUCAGGUGGCUUCUUCAUCCAGAAGGGGCCAUCUUAACCGACUCAGGGGACCUAUUCCUCGAGGAUAGAGUUGCCAAAGCCACUUGCACGUGCCGUAGCUGUGGCUGUAGACAACGGUGGCAGCAGGAGAGCCAUUACUGCGGUGGGCUGCUGAGUCCCUGUGUGAUCGAGAGCUGUGACCCCCACUCACCGACCCUUGCAGAGUUUGGGGAGCCCUUGUGGGUAGCAGGUGAGGAGCUGAGAGCCCCACAUUCCCUGGCCUUGGCUGGCCCGAAACUCUGCAGCCCAGGGACUAGGAGCAGUAGGGGAGCCUCUAAAGGGGAAGCUAAGUUGGGCUCAGCAGGGAGAGUGCACCUUUACAAAAGCCCUGGACCUUCAGUUCCUCCUGCUUUUCUUCAUUUUCUUUCUUAAAAAAAAAAAAAAAAGGCCCAGGACAACCUAGACAUUUGAGAGACUGGUCCUGUCUGACAGCUUCUGGCACUGCAGGGGCUGCAAUGAGAAUGACCCUCUGAAUUCAUCCUCGUCUCCCUUGAGCCAGUUUCCGACGCUCUCGUUUCUCAGAAGUCCUGCUCCAGUCUCAGCACUAUGCCCUCUGGUUGUCAUUAUCUUAAGCCAAGUGCAGGCAGAGCAUAAACCUGUCACUCACAAACACCCCAGCCACGUUGUGUGGUUGGAGGAUUUAGGGCCAGGGCUGUGUUGUCAUUUCCACGUGACAUUUCCUAAGCCGACAUCUCCGAGACUGGCUGCCUCAGCCUUGAUUAGCUUUUUGUCCCUGUGUCCGUGACACCUGAGGCUAAAGGAAGCAAAGUGAAAUUUGGAGUCCUUUAAUCAUAAUAACCCUUAAAAGUAAUUUUUCUUCCUAAUCAAGACCUGCUGGGUGCAGCGAGGGGAAGUCCGGGGCACAGAGAGCCACUCAAGUGACAGGCUGGGACAGUGUGGUCAGGCCUUAAAAGAGAGCCCACAUCCACAUGCGCCUGGAACUUGUGUGCUCCUUCUGUUCCACACUCUCCUGCACGCUGUCACUUUGGAUCUCACUUUGGUGAGAGAGCAGAACUCACUUUACAGAGGCCACAGAGACAAGUGACACGCCCCAGAGGUAGCCUGGUAGAAGCAGCGACGUGGGCCAGACCCAGGUCUUCUAGACCCUGGUCCAGUGUCUUUCCGUGAGCCAUGCGCUCUUCUCUGACCUUUAGGUGCCAAGGGAAAAAAAUCUCAUGUCUGUUUAAGAGCACAUCAUAAUUAUCCCAUCUUGCCGUGUGUCCACAGCAAAUGACAGCUUAGAAAUGAGUGAAUCAGAAUUACUUUGAUGACUGCGGGAAGUUCCACUUUCCAAAGGUUCUGGUUUCACAGGGAUCUUUCCAAGAGACUGUUGGUUAAAAUGCUGUGGGUGCUGUGAGAGGCCAGAGAAAUGAGACACAUUUUGAGGUCUUCGUGGAUGGCUCUUGUGGAGGCAGAGCAGUUUGUUCCAAACAAGCGAGAGGCCUCAAGAUGGUCAACAGAGUGCUGGCCGAGAGAUCACAGGUCCCUGCCACCCCCUUUCUGGGAAGGAGCAGGCCAGCCAGUGGUUAGAGCAGGUUGAGUGGGACCUGACCAGCCCCUAGGAAGACCGUCCACAGCGGGCAGUUGGUCCCUGUCCCGCCAGCUCCCCAUGGAUGUCUCUAGACUCAAGCAGCCCACAGACACAGCCUGGAUGGUGGUUGACUGAUGCCUCACUGGUAUGCAGUGCAUUUGACAGAAACCAUCAAGGAAAGGCUGGGAUGUGGUGAAUGUGCUGCCCAGAGGCAUUCGGACCUGCCCAUUUUUAAAGGACUCCCCUUCUAUAGAAAAGAUUGCUGUCUGUAGAAAUUGGGGCGCCUUUGGGUGAGAGCCAGAGCCAACCACAGGGCGUGCCAGGGACCUUAUUGUGGGACGUCUGGUGUGGCUGAGUGCGCCUUAGAAGGCAGGCAGCCGGGAUGGCAUUGAGCAGAGGCUGCCCUUUAAGACAGAGCCGGCCAUGGUGCUCUGCUCAUCCCGGAAAGUAGCUGCAUGCUCUUCAGAAGGCUGGGAUUCUUUUACUCACUUGAAACGGCACUGGCUUUUGAAGCACAGAUGAUUUAAAUGAAAAGCUUGCAAAUCAACGUCCAUAUAUACUUUUAAGUGACUUGCAUGGUUUUAAAGGACCCUGAUUUCUGAGUACAUGGUUUCUCCCCUAAAGAAAUAUUACAUAUUCUGGGGCUGGUGGGGGUGACGGCAUGGAGGGGAAUCCCGUAUAGGAAUGUGUGUUGUUUUCUCUGUCUUUUUUCAUGCUCCUAUCUCAAGAAUAUGGGUUUUUCCAGUUCCGCUUUAAACACCAGCCAGGCAACAGAUGACUCUGGUAAGAAUUUGGCAGCUGGAUGAAACAGUCUAGUGAACUUUGAAGAGUGUGUGUGUGUUAGGAGAGGAAGCAGCAGAGAGAUGCAGGAGAAACAACAAAGAGAGGAUGUUAAUAAAAAAAUAUGUACAGCUACGAGGAGUCUGCAAUCAUCCAGGUAGUGAUGUUGUAUGUUCUGGAAUCCAUCUUUGAGAAGCUCCUGUGGAUCUUUUGAGUGGAGUUCAUCCAGUGCCCUACUCUCUCUGACAAAUGCAGAGCCUUGUGAAGAGUGGCCCCUGGGCCACCGGCCCUAGUGUACCUGGCAGGAGCCCAGAGAAGCCAUGGCGGAGCCCAGACGGGGGUGGGGAACGUUUCAGCAGAUGAUUGACAGGUCUGAUGAUAUGCAGCUGUGGGGAAUGUGUCACUGUUCUUACCCUGUUGUACCACUUUUCAUACAAAGUCCUGACUUUUAAAUAGGUGUAGCAAUGUCUUAUGGUGUGACUGACAAGUAGGCAUUUCUUGCAUCAAAUUUAAGACCUGAAUGAUCUGUAUGAGGUGGAUAAGUGGACUCUCUGAAGAACACUCUUUUGUUUCUUUUUUUCCUUUUUAAAAUGCCUUUUUGGUACAUAACUAAUAUAUGCUUUUUUUAAAAAAAAAAAAAAGAAACUGCACAUGCGUGAAAAGGAAAAACAUCACCUGUUAUUACACCAUCUGAUUAUAACCACUGUUAACAUUUUGGUAUAUCUCUUUUCAGACUUUUUUCUAUGCAGCUGUAUUUGUUUUACUACCUUUAUCCAUGAAAUCCAAUCAUAUUAUACGUACUGUUUUAUAACUUGCUUUUUUCCCUUUUGACGCUAUAUUGUGAAUAUAUUUCUAUGCCAGUAAGUAUGUAACUGCUUCAUUUUUAACAUGUAUGUAGGUAGCACCUUGGAUACUUAAGUUGUUUCCAGUUUUUUUUUACUGCCAUACUCAAUGAGAUGAUGAAUUUUUCAGAACAUGAGGAUAAUUUUCUAAAAUUAGACCUGCUGGCUCAAAAGUGUGAUGGACAAUACAAGCUCCAUCCCCUCCUCUCCCUCCUGGACAUGCAGGAGAUGCCCCUUUGCAGCCCUUUAAAGUCACUUGGGGCCCUGGUACUAAUCCUGGCCAAGGAGCUAUAAGCAAAAGUGACAUGAGAAACGUCCAGGCCGAGACUGGGAUAUGCCUCUGUGCAGGUCUCCCGUCUCCCUGUCACCUUGCCCCACAGAUGGUGACGUCCCAGGGCGGGAGCUGCUGGCCCCUCGCAUCCCUGAGCAACUGUGGAGUGUCCCGUCUCCCAUCAUGACACCCACCUGCACGGACGUGUAGCGUGAAGAAAGGCUCAGCGGUACGUGUUACAGCACUGGGAUGUCAGGGUUAAUUUGGUCCUGCGGUGUGACCGUAAGAAAGUACGCCUGUUUUGGGGACUUUUAACAUCCCUUGCCUCGAAUUGCCUUCCAGAAAGACGAUACCAAAUUAUAGUCCCACUAGCAACGUGUGAGAAUGUUCGACUCCCUCUCUCACGCUGGUGUUACCAUGGGGACUGGAGGCUAAUUUCGAUAAGCAUUUUUUGAUUCAAGUGUGACCCUCGCUAGCCAAAAUAUUUAUUAGACUAUGUCCUUUUGUCGUUUACCUAUUCAUCUUCUCUGGCCAGUUUCCUCAGAAAGCGUUUCGCUGUCUCACUGAUUUCUAAGUUUUUUUCUCCCAUAAAUGUAUUUUUUUUAAAGUUGCACGUAUGAUUUUUUUAAAAGUUCAUUUAACAAAUUUUUAGUCAAAUCUAUCUUUUCCUUUAUGAUUGCAACCUUUGCUCUCAUGCUUAUGCAGAUCUUUGCAAUUCUGAUUCCAAGGUCAUAUGAAUUUUCAUCAGUAUUUAUGAUUAAAUAUAUGAUCCAUGUGGAAUUUAUUUUCUAAAUCACCCCAACCUCAUUUAUUGGAACAUCUAUCCUUUCCCUGCUAGGAGGAAAUCCCAUUCACUGUGUAUCCAGCCGUUACACACCGCUAAGCGUAUUUCUGAACUUUGCAUUGUGGUCUUUUGUGUACAUUCUGGCACUGGUACCACAUUGUUUGAGCAUCUCAGAUUUAGACUAAAUAUUCCCAUUAACUAAACAUCUUCAAAAAUGUGGAGUUCCCGUCGUGGCUCAGUGGUUAACGAAUCCGACUAGGAACCAUGAGGUUGAGGGUUCGAUCCUUGGCCUCGCUCAGUGGGUUAAAGAUCCGGCGCUGCCGUGAGCUGUGGUGGAAGUCGCAGACGCGGCUCGGAUCCCACACUGCUGUGGCUCUGGCGCAGGCUGGCGGCUACCGCUCUGAUUAGACUUCUAGCCUGGGAACCUCCAUAUGCCAUGGGUACAGUCCUAGAAAAGGCAAAAAGACCAAAAAAAUAAAAAAGUCCUAGAAGUUCCCAUUGUGGCUCAGCAAUUGCAAACCCAACUAGUACCCAUGAGGAUGCAGGUUUGAUCCCUGGCCUCAUUCAAUUAAGGGGUUAAGGAUCUGGCAUUGCCUCGAGCUGUGGUGUAGGUUGAAGUUGCAGCUUAGAUGCCAGCUACACCUGUGGCUGUGGCAUAGGCCAGCAGCUACAGCUCCCAUUGGACCCCUAGCCUGGGAACUUCCAUAUGCCAUGCAUGCGGCCCUAAAAAACCAAAAAAAAAAAAAAAAGAAGGCCUAGUCCUUUCCGGAUGCUAAUAUUUCCAAAAGUCAUUCAGGAUCAUUUUGUAACGUUUAGAAGAAUUGGAAAUAAGGUUGUGUAAAAUUUAUAGGUUACCAUAGAGAGAAUUGAUGUUACUUUGUAAUAUUUAACCUUCCAUUUUAGUAAAUUUAUAAAGUAUUAUGUUCCUCAGUAUAUUUUUUCUAGUUUAGAUAAUUUUUGGUAGUUCUGGUUACUGUGGUAAAUGAGCUCUUUUGUCCGUUACGUUUUCUAUGUGCUUACUGGUAGUAUGAAAGUACAGCACUCCUUGAGUUCCCAUUGUGGCUCAGCCAUUAGCCAACCAGACUAGCAUCCAUGAGGACGGGGGUUCGAUCCCUGGGUCGUUCAGUGGGUUAAGGAUCUGUUGUUGCCGUGAGCUGUGGUGUAGGUCACAGACAUGGCUCAGAUCUGGCAUUGCUGUGGCUGUGGUGUAGGCCAGCAGCUUCAGCUCCGAUUGGACCCCUAGCCUGGGGACCUCCAAUAUGCUGUGGCUGUGGCUCUAAAGAGACAAAAUACAGAAAAAAAAAAGUACGGCACUCCUUUUUUUUUUUUUUUUUUAAUGGAAAUUAAAUCCAUUGGUUUUUUUCUGAUUUAAAAUAUUAACGAAAUACAUAAUUGUACACAUAAUGAAAAAACACAGUGAAGAAACUGAAAGUUCCCUGAAUUAAAAUCCAUCCCUCUUGCCCCGAGAUAGUCAACAGUUGAUGUAUAGUCCUCAAAUUUUUUUUUCCUAACUUUUUUUUUUUUUUCAUUUUGACCACAUGGUCAACAGUUGAUGCAUAGUCCUCAAAAGAAAUUUUUUUCCCUAAAAUACAUUUUUUUCAUUUGGACCAAAUGGUACCACCCUUCCGCUACUCACAUUCUUUACUGGCGAUAGAUCUGGCCAUCUUCCUGUUGGCACAUAGAAAUCUACCUCACUCUCCUUAACUCUGCAUAGAGAGCUGUGUGGUGGUUAGUAAGUGCGUUUAACUUGGCAGUUGGUCCUUUGUUUAUUUUGUAACUAGCCAGUUACUGAAUUUCCUUUCAUUUUAAUAGUUUUGUUGUUAUUGUUAAUUCUUCUGCCUUUUUCAGGUGGACAGUAGUUCUGAGCAGUGAUGACAACUUUACCUCCAUAUUUUUAAUAAUCUGAUUUCACUUCCUUAUCACCCGGACCAGCACUUUUAGAAAAAUGUUAAAUAACACGUACAUAAAUGGUACCGGUAUGGUCCAUUCUUCUUUAUAUAUAUGUAUUUUUUACCUGGCGAGAAAAUCUCUAGUGUUUCUCCAAAAGUACAAAUUUGACUCUUCAUAUAAAAUAUUCUUAAUAUUUGAAUUUGUAUAUUAAGGUUACACCCUUCUCUUUCUAGUUUGCCGAAAGUUUUAUCAGUAAUAGAUGUUGGAAUUUUCUUAAAUGGCUUUUUUUCCCCACAUCUGUCAAGAUGAUUGAAUGAGUUUUCUUUAUCGUGACUUCACAUAACCAUUUUAAUAGGUUUGCUGGUAUUAAACCAUCUCUACAUUUUUAGGAAAAUCUGGUUUUUGUCACAGUGUAUUAUUCUUUCACUGUACAUCUUCAUUCAAUGUUAACAGUGGUUAUUUAUGAUGGGUUGGUUUCUGGUAGAUUUUUAUUUUUCAUUCUCAUCUCUAUUUUCUGGUUUUUCUAUGGAAAUAAAAUAAGAGCUUUAAAAUAAAAUGUUUAAAAUAAGAAAAAUAUUCUGGAUUUGAUUUGCUCAUCAUUUUGGGAUUUUUCAUAUGUUAAGGUGGAUUGUUGUUGUUUUUUCUGCUCUCUUUGUCAGGUAUUGGUGUUGGGUUUGCGUUAACUUCUUAAAAAAAAAAAAAAACUUGGGAAGCUCUCUCUUUUUUAUGCCCUGGAACAGUUUAAUAUUUAGAAUUUUUUGCUCUUUGAAGUUUUUAUAACAUGUAUAAGUCUGUCUGAGUCUAGUGCCUUUUUAGGAAAUAAUUCUUUGGCAGUUUUUUCAGUGUUAAUCCUUGCUCAUGAGUCUCUUUAAACUUUCUUCCUGGUCUCUAAGUUUUUGGCAGUUUAAAUUUCAUCAAUAAUGAUUCUGUUAAGAUUUUCAGAUUUGCUGGCAUGGGGCUGUAUUCUCUUUUGUUAUUCAUAAAGUUGUGUCUUUGCUUUCCCUUUUUAUUCUGAUCGGUUUUUCAGAAUUAGUCUAUUUCAUUGAUCUUUUCAAAGAACCAACUCUGGGACUGAUAUCUUAAGGUACCGUUUUACCAUUUUAGGAGUUUUUUGGUUUGCUUUUGUUCUUAUUUCUCCCUUUAUUAUUUUUUCACUCUCUCAAGUUGAAUGCCAUUUUAACAUGUUUGAUAGUAGAUAGAGUUAUUAGCAAUCACCAGGCUAUAUAUAUAUGGCUUUUCUUCUGAAUAGGUCUUUAUCCAUAUCCCUUAAAUAAUUUGUAAUUUCAGAUUGGACUUUAUUUUUUACUGAAGAGUUAUUUGAAAUUAUACUUUUAAAUUUCUAGAUAGUUCGAUACUUUUUGUUGUUGUUGUUUUUAACACUUGUUAUAAAUUUCUACUUUUACUGUCUUGCCGUCAAAGAGGGUAUGGCCUGUACAAUUUCUGCAUUUUGGAGUUUACUGAUGUUUUCUUGGGACCUAAUAAAUUCUUAAUUUUAAUCAAUAUUCCCAGAAAACUGGAAAAGAAGGUAUAUUCUCAGAAGGGAACAGAAUUCAAUCUGUAUGUAUUAAUUUGACCUUAUUAGUUGCAAAAUCAUGGACCUUUAAUUUUUGCUUCCUUGAUUCACUAAAGACUAAGGAAAAUAUGUUAGUCUCCCAUUCCCAUUGUAUCUCUGUCUCUCUUGUUUCUAACAGUUUUUGCUUUAUGUAUUUCAGUAUGGUGUUAUUUGGCAAAAUAUCUUUUUAUACUUAAGAGAAAACGAUUUUCCUUUAAAGACGUGUAUACCUUUGUGGAUUUUACCUGAGUUUGUUGUAACAGAGUUGUUUAUGUAGAAAUACAUAGUUCAGUAAAAGUUUGUGUCUGUUUUUAA